CAAACUUGGAUGGCAAUUGCUGCUCCGUGGGCUCUAUAUAAAGAAGCAGAUUGAUCAACAUAUCCUUGCACAAGAAGGAAGGUUGCGAGCAACUGACAAACAUGGCUAACACGAAGCUGCUGGUCGUGUUUGCUCUCUUGCAGGUCCUGUCACUCCACCUCCACAUCCAUGGCGUCUCCUCCGCGGCCAGCAUCACGCACAAGCACCAGAAGCCCGGAGGCAGCUGCCACAUCAGCGGCUUCCUGCAGGGCAAGACUCACAAGUGCAACAAGGACCACGGGUCCGAGUGCUGCGCCGCCGGUCGGCGCUACCCGCAGUUCAAGUGCUCGCCCCCGGUGUCGGCCAAGACGCCGGCGACCCUGACGCUGAACAGCUUCGCCGCCGGGGGAGACGGAGGCGGCAAGUCCUUCUGCGACAACCGCUUCCACCCGGACAGCCAGAAGGUGGUGGCGCUGUCCACCGGGUGGCUGCGCCUCGACGGCACGCGCAGGUGCAACAAGAUGAUCCGCAUCAACGGGAACGGGCGAUCCGUGCUGGCCAAGGUCGUCGACGAGUGCGACUCGGUGAACGGCUGCGACGCGGAGCACAACUUCGAGCCGCCGUGCCCAAACAAUGUCGUCGACGGGUCGCCGGCCGUGUGGAAGGCGCUGGGGCUCAAGGAGUCCAUCGGAGAGUUCAAGGUCACUUGGUCUGAUGUGUGAGCUAUGCCACAUUGAUAUGGAGAUCGACCUCGCGUUAUUCUACACGUAGAGGAGGUAUGCACGUGUAGAAACUAUGUACUUCUCACUAAAAUUAUGUGUGCGAUGCUACUCUCGGUGUCGGAGUAGCUGCUAAUUAAAUAAUUAGGACACUUGUUAUGUAUUUGAUAUUUUCCCAAAUUUAUGUAUUUGUCAU